AAGGCAGGCAGGCAGGCAGCGGGGCUCGGCUCGGCUCGGCUCCCGCUCCGCCCCGCUUCCCCUCCUCCCGUCCGCCCCGCCGGCUCCGCCCCGGAGGCCGGCACGCUGGCUCGCUCCGUGCCUGGGAACAUGGCCGAAGUCGGGGAGGACAGCAGCGGGGCGCGGGCUCUGCUGGCGCUGCGCUCGGCGCCCUGCAGCCCCGCCGCGGCGCCCCCUCCCGGGCCGCCGCCGCCCCCGGCCGGGCCGCCCGCUGCUGCUGCUGCUGCUGCUGCUGCCUCCGCCGCCUCCUCCUCCUCCUCCUCCUCCUCCUCCUCCUCCUCCUCCUCCGGGCCGGUGCUGGCUCGGCUGCAGGGCCGCGAGUUCGAGUUCCUCAUGCGGCAGCCGGCCGUCACCAUAGGCCGCAACUCGUCGCAGGGCUCGGUGGACGUCAACAUGGGGCACUCCAGCUUCAUCUCCCGGCGGCACCUGCAGCUCAGCUUCCAGGAGCCGCACUUCUACCUGCGCUGCCUCGGCAAGAACGGCGUCUUCGUGGACGGAGCCUUCCAGCGCCGCGGCGGCCCGGCCCUGCUGCUCCCGCCGCAGUGUACUUUUCGAUUCCCUAGCACGGUUAUAAAGAUCCAGUUCACAUCUUUAUACCAUAAAGAGGAAGUAAAAGAAGAAGCCUCAUCGCCUCCCCUUCGGCCACUUUACCCUCAAAUAUCGCCUCUGAAGAUCCACAUCCCGGAGCCGGAUCUCCGGAGCGUGGUCAGUCCCCUCCCGUCCCCCACAGGCACUAUCAGUGUUCCCAACUCUUGCCCAGCCAGUCCACGUGGUGCUGGAUCCUCAGGAUAUCGUUUUGUUCACAACAUUACCUCGGAUCUGCAGCUGGCAGCAGAGUAUGCUGCAAAAGCAGCAUCAGAACAGCAGGCAGAUGCAUCUGGCGGGGACAGCCCAAAGGAUGAGUCCAAGCCACCCUACUCUUACGCUCAGCUAAUUGUGCAGGCUAUCUCUUCAGCACAGGACAGGCAAUUAACACUAAGUGGGAUCUAUGCCCACAUUACCAAGCAUUAUCCAUAUUAUAGAACUGCUGACAAAGGCUGGCAGAAUUCCAUUCGGCACAACCUCUCCUUGAACCGUUACUUUAUUAAAGUCCCACGCUCCCAGGAGGAGCCUGGAAAGGGCUCCUUUUGGCGAAUUGACCCUGCCUCUGAAGCCAAGCUAGUAGAGCAAGCAUUUAGAAAACGAAGGCAAAGAGGAGUGUCCUGCUUCCGAACACCUUUUGGGCCUCUCUCCUCCAGGAGCGCUCCUGCCUCCCCUACUCACCCUGGCCUGCUGUCCCCUCACUCUAGUGGCCUACAGACUCCAGAGUGCCUGUCACGGGAGGGCUCGCCCAUUCCACAUGAUCACGACUUUGGGUCAAAGUUAGCUUCAGUUCCAGAGUAUCGGUAUUCACAGAGUGCACCUGGAUCUCCAGUCAGUGCCCAGCCGGUGAUUAUGGCUGUUCCUCCCCGGCCAUCUACUCUGGUGGCAAAACCAGUUGCGUACAUGCCCGCAUCAAUAGUGACUUCUCAGCAGCCUUCGUGUCAUGCAAUUCACGUAGUUCAGCAAGCUCCCACUGUUACAAUGGUCCGAGUUGUGACCUCCUCUGCAAACUCUGCAAAUGGAUACAUCCUCACAAAUCAGGGCACAGCAGGAGGAGCUCAUGAAGCUGCAGGAGCGGUGUUGGACUUAGCUGGUGACCACCGAGCAGGCAUGGAUGAAAAGCCAACGAUCGCAUUUGCCACAAUACCCACAGCCAGCCGUGUUAUUCAGACAGUUGCCAGUCAAAUGGCACAGGGUGUUCCAGGACAGACAGUCACGAUCCUUCAGCAGGCAGCUCCAGUGGCCAUCGGACAGCAUCAACUCCCCGUGCGGGCAGUCACCCAGAAUGGGAAACAUGCUGUCCCCACCAACAGCAUCACGGGCAGUGCUUACGCUCUUACAAAUCCAUUGCAGCUUCUUGCAGCCCAGGCCAGCUCGUCCACUCCUGUUGUAGUCAGCCGAGUAUGUGAGACAGGGACCGAAGAGACAGCAGCAGCCUCCCGCAGUCAAGACAGCAGUGAACCUGAAGUCAAAAGACCCCGGAUAGAAGAGUCCAGCGGAGCAGUCCCAGCCCAAACUGGAGUCAUCACAUCUACAGUGCCACAAGGACAGGCAACCAGUGAAUGAAGAACCGGUGGGAGGAGCUGGAGUGGUGCGGGGUGGGCAUGGGAUGGCAGCAGCCCCUAAAGCAGCUUUCAAAGAAAACAAACCACAACUGUAACAGCUCUAAACAUAGCAAAUAAAGAGCUCUUUUUAAAGUCAGAUUUUUAUAAAUGGGAGGCCAACAGUUGUUAGAAUCACAAGGUGCCAAAAAGAAAAGAAUGGAAAACCCCUCCCAAGAACCCAUACCUGGAACUCUGUUCUGUCUUUACAUAUGGGAUACUUUUCCUUUUUUCUUCUUUUUUUAAAAGAUUCAAAAAAAUACAGACAACUGAUUGUAUGACUGCUGGGAUUUUUUUAAACUGUCUUUUCCCCUUUCGGCUCCAAGGGGAUGGUAUUUGCAGUUCAGCAUCUAGAGGAAUGUAACACAAAUACAGUCUGCUCCCUGGAAAGAAAACUCCUCAUUUUCUAUGCCUUAAUACUGCGCUUCUCAGAGCUUUGAAACAUAGGACCAUUUUAAAAAGGCCAGCUAAGGCAAUCAAAUACUGAAAGAUGGGUGCAGUAUCUCACAAUAACAGCAUUAAAGAAACAUGGUACCAAGCUUAAAGAAAAAGGCAAAUGAUCCUUUUUUUCUAAAACAGAAAAAUUCUGAGUAUGAAUGAAUGUUUAUUUAUGUGGGGAUUCAGGAGGAAGAGUUAAAGGGCUCAACCACCUGGAUUUCCAGAUGCAAUUUCUCUCCAUUCCCUCUGAGGGAGAAUAAGAUGACAGAGGAACUGUGUUAAUUUGGUUCCUGUAAAGAUAUUAAAGGGUUUUGUACCUUCAGUGAUUUCUUACAAUGAUUCAUCACUUGUUCUGGACAACAGCUGAAGUAUCUCGAUGACUGAGGAUUGUGUGGGGAAGGGUGUCUCCCAAAGGUUGCGUGUAUUUUUUUUUUUCUGUAAUCACAUACUGUGCUGGAGCACCAGGGUUUGUUCCGAAUAGCACUGCAGAUCAGAGGCAUUCCCACCGUCUCAGUAAACCUGAGAAAAUGUCGGUUGGUUAACUGCAUUAACGUGGUCUGCUUUCACCCUCUGUUGGUAGUGUGGUCCUCAACUAGGUGGAUGAUGUCCAGGAGGUCAGAGGUGGGUUAGAAGUCUGUCCCUGACCCUCUCCCGUGGCUAGAAGAGGCUAAAUGCAAGGCUCCCGUGUUACUCUGAGAGGGAGGUUAAGGGCUAUCAUGAGAGGCAGCGGAGUUCAUACGGUAUUUAGUACAAAUUCUGUGAGUGUGUGGAGACGAAGGCAAAAAGACCUUUUAUUUUCUGUGUGACAAAAGUCAUUGGAGGUCUUAAACAGGUUUUCCAAAAGGAAUUCAGAGGUUUCCUUUCAUUCCUCAGCUCCCUCUCCUGUCUCUCCUACCCUGAGGACUGUUUGGGUUGGCCAGUAGAAGGAGGCUUUUACUUAAACUGUGUUCAAGCUCUUCAUGUAGUACAAGAACAUCUUAUGAGUAAAGCAGACUCGGGUCACUUUCACCACGUGGAGGAGUGGGUGCGUGUAACACCUUGGGACUGGCAAAGAAAUCAACUUCUGCGUAGCUCCAGCUAACCCCUGUGGGUUUACACCUGCGUGCGAUUCCCUUGGCUGGCUUGUCUUUGGCGACAGAACAGAGAUCUUAGAAAAUGUUCUAGUUUUGUUAGUGGCAAAAGUGACUUAACAGGGAUGGGGUAUGUAUGUCUUCGGUAGGUUAUCGCUCUACCUGUGCUGAUACAUUGUCGGGUUCCUGUCUUGUAGGAUCGGACAAUACUGUCACAGAGCAGAGAGACAAGCCCUCUGUAUAAACAUUUUUCAAGAUUUCCCCAAUGUGCAGUAAAUUAUACUUCCAGUAUGUCCAUGGGGGCUAGGGGGUAAAGCACAACAAGUUAAUGUCUUCUAAAAUUUGGGGAGGGGGAGAAAAUCCACAAGGUAACAGCUGGCAUCACUUUGAGGUUUCCUUUCUAUUUGCCAAAUCUUACUCAAUAGUUAAGUCCUAGCACUCGAAUAAAACCCAAGUGUGUUUUAUUCUCAAGCCAAUUGUUUUGUGGGAAAUAUUUCCGAAAGAAGGAAAGAAUUUCUUGGUCUUGUGAUUCGCGGUUACAGUCUAUGGUUACAGGCACACAAAGCAUUCAGGACAGUUCAUUCAUCUACAGCUAGGCCUUCAUAAUUUAGGCGUGUGCCUUUAGUGACAAGUUAUUAGAUUGGAUUUUAGUACUUUGAAAUCAUUUCUGUGAAGGAGGAUUGUUACAGACCACAAAGUAAUUGAAGCAGGCCGGUUUCCAGCUGUCACAUUUCCCGCUAGGAAGACGAGGUGCGGCACAGUGGAAAAAGCACGUGGGUGAGUCCUGUGUUUUCUGUAGCUUUCUCAAAGCCAGAAUUCAAUAAAACAGACUUCAAGGAAGAACGCACAAGUGAGAGUGCAGCAUAGCUUAUCUGUGAUUAAUCAUUACUUUUGGAUGAAUGCUGUUUUAGAUCCAGGCACGCCUCUGAAACCGCCCCGAGGCUAGGGAGCUUUCCUGCAGCAGUCUUUGGUUUUCCAGGACGUUAGGUGAGUCAGCACAGGAUGAGCAACCAGAAGAAUGCUGUUCAGGGUGUGAAGCUGCCAGAGUUUUGGGGGGAUAUCUUUACUGCUUCUCUUCUUUUGGAAAGUCUAAGUAAUUAGGACCUAAACUAGUCUAGCACCAGAGAAAUGCGUCAGCUGAAUCAUGGUGUUUUCAUAAACCAGCUGCUACUUUAUAGAUACCUCUCAAGUCCAUCCUCAGGUUGACUGUAUAGAUUUGCCUCCUCAGUAUUUCAGAACGGAAUAAUACUUCCUCAGUCUUCCUUCUGUGGCUUAGUGCCUAGUGGUUGAAAUGCAGGUUUGUGAUAAGCAAAUAGCUCUGAUCUGCUCGCCCAUUCUUCUUGAGGUGCCUGGAACCCAUCAGUUCAUCCUAUCAGGAUUUUUGCUUUAUCAGUCUGGUGCAUUCCACCGCUACUGUAGAAAGCAGCCCUGCCACUUGAUUAUUUUUUCUUUUUUUUGUAGGCUUGCCUAUACGUUGUCUUAUAUCAUUGCCUGAUACUAGGUAGAAUAUCAGUUCUUACAAAAUCCUGCUGAGAGCUGUGGGAAAAAUGUUGUUCUCAUCUGCAGCAGACGAGGGAUGGCACAUCAUAUUUCAGGCUUCCAGAUGAAUUGUUUCAGCACACUGCUCAGUCUGGAAAGCAGCGUGCUUAGAAAAACAGACCAGAGAAGAAGAGCCUCGGAAAGUGGCAAAUCAUAAAAAUGAGUUUGAAUCUUUUGGCUUGUUUUUGAAUCACAGAAUAGUUUAGGAUUUCUGGAGAUCAUUUUGAGUAGAUAACUUUUCGGCCUCUUUUAAAAUGCCUUUGCAGUCCUUUAAAAUACAGGAUAAUAUAUGUACACACCAAUUAAACACAUGUUGAUAUUUUUUAAAACUUUUUGAGCUCAUAGUUGAAAAUAAAAAAAAAAGUUAGCUGGAACAGACAGACAUCGAAAUUCACUGCAUCAGCUAAUCUUAGCAGUUUGCGGAUGGAAGUAUGAGGUGACAGAAGUUCCCAGAAGUUUGUUGCCAUUCCAGAAGCAGCUGCCAUUUAAAUAAUCCCCCCUUGCCCUGAGGAUUGCAUUCAGUAUCAUGACCAAAAGACUAGAUUAGUCCUACUUAACAGGGUGGGGGCAUGGGGGUGGAAUUGCUGUCAGUGUCUAGGAUUCAAGCAGGAGGUUUUGGGCUACUCCCUUCACUUCUUCAGGCCAUCUCUCUUCAGCUGGCGGUCGUUCCUGCUUCGCUUUUACUUGACUUGGUUCUUCUCUGAUUAAAUCCAGUGCAAUUUGAAGGUCAUCUUGAAAAACAAGUGACUUUUUCUGCACUGCUGUGUUUGCAUGCAGCUUCAUUCCAGUGUGCUGUCGCCUGAUUUCCUUCUUCAUCAGCGCUCUGUUCACAGAACUGUGAUGCUGUGGGGAUGGGUUUUCCUUGCAAGAAAGACAGUGUUGUUUCCCCAGGGAAACCAUUAGAAUCUUCUUAAGAAAAGCUGAAUUGAAAAUUUUUCAUCUUCUGUUUCUAACUGAUUAUUGGUACCAUCAAGUGCUGUGCUGAGGUGAAAAUCCUAAGCAGAAUCUCUGGUUUGAAACUUGUGUUUCCAUUUUGCUUCUUUUUAGUGGCACUGCUCUUCCUCAUAUAUCCUGAUUCCCCAGGCUUUCAACUCUGAGCACUGCAGAGGAAUGAAAAUUAAUGUGAUGGUAGAGUUCGGCUUUCAGCUACAGAGUAAAUGCUACCUUAAUGGUUAUAUGCAGUAGAGGGAUUGGAUUAAAUCAAUUCUCCAACUUUUUUGUCUAAAGCGUUGCAUCUCAUGUCCUCAAUUAAUUGACUGAGGGAGGUUUGAUGGGGAGAGGAGUAGGAGGUUUCAGUGCAUCUUCUGCUAUCUGUGUAACAAAGGUCAAGGCAUGUUGAAUAUUUAACCUGCCGUAACUUGGACAUGGGAAGACUUUAAAAUUGGGUUCAUAAAAUGUGAAUUCUCUGUUCAUGGAAUUUUUUUUUUGUCCUAGGCAAUGACAGAGAAUUUUACUUUGAUUGCGGUCAGUUUAUAGCAACUUUUGUUGCCUCAGUUAGCAAAAGCUGAAUGCAGUUGUUCUUGGUUUUAUUCGACUGAAUUCCUUAGUUCUUAUUUUGUCUUGUCUUUGUCUCUUGUGAUACAGGAAGUUUUCUACAGUGAUAACACAGUGCUGGACCCAGAAAUGAGUUUUUACAGUGAUAACACAACACAGUGCUGAACACAGAAAUGAAGUUCAUGAUUAGCUCAUAUAUUCUUUUCUACUCCUCCUUCUUCCCAUGUCCCUGCUUCCCCCAUACAAUUAAUGCUGUCACCUGUAGCAUACACAGUCAUUUUUAUCCACUAGCAGGAGCAGCACCUUGCAUUAAAUUCUGCCCAAGGGCUUGUGGAUGAAAAUACCUGUGGGGAUACGUAGGGCUUGAAUUGAGUAAGGUCACCCUAACUUAAUUUUCAUGAUGUAUUUUAGAAAUGUUACUGUCGGAAACAGCCAAGGAGAGGAGUGUUGGGCACUCUCCACUGUUCAGGAGAGUGUUUUUGGAACUGUGUUAAAGCUUUGUAAGUGAGGAGAAAUAGUUAAAUAGCACCUGAUGCCUUUACAGUGUUUCUGCAGUCAAUGCCAUGGUCUGGCUCCAGGUUUUUUGGGGGGAGUAAAUUUGGUUUUGCACGUGUCUCAGGCAUCUGUCUUGUGUACUUAGAACUGUCAGUCAGAGUUGACUUCUACAUUUCCCCCCCCCCUUUUUUUAGUAGGGAAAUGCCAGCAGUAAAAUAAAACUGGAAGCACUAAAGGCUAGGGAACUAUGUGUAAGCAAGUGAGGGUGGCUGACCUGAGCUUUCAUACUGCGAUGUAUGAAUGAUGUUCGUUGCAUCCCUGCGUGUUCACUGCCUCUGUAUCACUGCACACCUCUGAGAAGAGCUUAGCUCUGCCUUCUUGGCAUCUUCCAAAUAGGUAAUUGACACCAGUAAGGUUUCCUUCUUUCUUGCUUUCUCCUCUUAAGGCUGAACCAAUCUGGUUGCCUCAGUCUCUUCUUGUGCAUCGGAUGCUCAAGCCUCCAAGGCAUCAGGUGGAAUUGCACCAGGAAAUCCCUGUCUGUCGUGUACUGGCAAGACCAAAGCUGGACGCAGGUCUCCAGGUGCAGUCUCAAGUGCUGAACAGAGUGGAAGAAAAAUCUCUUUCCAGGGCCUGCUGGCUGCACUUUUGCAAGUACAGCCCAAUGCCUGCAUGGCCUCCUUUGCUGUAAAACACGCUGCUAGCUCCUACAAGAAACAAGAGUGAACAAGAAACAGUCUGGAUUGCAUUUUUACACAUUUAACCAUCUUGUCCAAGCAACAGUGCCAAGAGUUCUUGUAGCUUUUUGAACAGGAGGCGGUGCUGAGGGAUCCUGAUCACUUUUAAGAAUACCUGUGCUUCACCCUAGCAAGUGAUAGUUUUAUUCCAAUGUGAAUCUUACCUUGAGCUUCUACACUGAUGCAAAAUUUCACAGGUUUGCUAGUCCUGCUGCUAGUAAGUUGUACUUGGGCAUUAAGAAGGAAUUUCUAAAGGAACAUGACUUGGUUCCAUAACUUUGUCCUUGCCUCACACUGAGCUUUUGAGGUUGCAAAUGCCAUCCUGCAGCAAAUGAUCUGUCUUCCCUUGUCAGUCAGUCUCUUGGGCAAGCUCCUGCUUCUGCUCCCUAUCACAGUUUUCCCCCUGUACUUGUAGUUGUUUCUAUCAACUCUGGAGUCCUUUAAAGUUAAUGCAAUUGCUUGAAGGUCUGCAUCUGGCGAGAAUCUGUGCGUUAGGUUGCAGUUACACAACAGAUUGUUCAGUCAUGUAACUUCUUGUUUCCUUCUGGGUAAAAAUUAUGCCAAAGCUGCUAUUACUGUAGCAUACACUACUGCCAUAAAGUGUAGCUUACCAUGGAGCCAGCUGUGCUGCGGAAAACAGUCAUACUACAAUGUCAUUGGGGUUUCUGGAACUGAUGAGGCUGGGAAGUGAUGCUUUCUUGCAGUUUGGCCGGGACCUGAUCAAAAUGUAGCUGUGGCUUUGUGCUGGAGCAUCCCGUCGCUGCGGCUGCCUAGCAGCUGUUGGGCUGUGAUUAGUUAGCUCAGCAAACGCUCUCUCUGCUGGGUGGGUUAUUUGCAGGACAGUGCAUGUGUUUGUGCACACACGGGGAUAUAUGCAUAUAUAGUAAUAUGAUAUAGUGGAAAAUAGCUAGCUGUGAUGGUGGACUUUGUUAGAUUGUUUUUCACGGGGCAGUAAUAGAGCAGUGAGCAUUUCGCUUUGGACUGAGCAAGACAUUUGGAAAAAAUACGAGGUUUUCUUGGAGCACUAUUGGUUAGAUUCCAAAUUUUUAAUCAACUUGAUAUUUAACCAUUUGAUACCUUUUAAGUUCACGAACACUGAAUUAAAUCCUCCAGAAUGUAUGGCUGGUCCUCUCCUUAUGUGUCACUUUAAGCUGCAGAGGGUAGUUGUGCCACGUCUACCCCUUCACUCUCAAGGUAGAAAAACCAUUGGCAAAUCAUGGGUGGCAGCUAAGGUAGAAACCCUUUAAAUAUUUUUUUCAGAGAAUAUUAAAUUAGAUCUGUGUAAACAUAAAAUUUAUAUUUAUUAGUGUGUGUGAGUGUGUAAAUAUAGAUAUAUAAAUGGUCCAUGACUAUUUCUUUCUCUUAAAUGGUACUUUACACAGACUUUUUAUACAAUAUGUUGGUAAAUUCCCGCACCAGGCACUGAUUCUGAAAGAAUGAUGUUCCUAUUUUUAUAACAGAUGUGGGCAGCCUGUAGAAGCAGCUUUACUUCAGCGGUUGCUUUCAUUCCUCUCACAGAGCAGAAGAGGUGAUUUGGUACUUGCAUCCUCCUCGUGCAGGAGCCCUGCUUCUGGCUUCGUCGUGCUUUCAGCAACCCCGGUCUGUGCUGCUUUUCUGGCAAGAAAAUCCCCAAAACGGCACUAAUGAAAGCUGGAAGCCUUUCUAGUCUCAUAUUAUCUCUAGAUGCGGUAUCAGGGCGCUCUUUACAGAUUCUGCUCUGUAAGUAAUGGGACCUUAUUGCAACAGAGGAAAUUGAUUGAGGGUCCGUGAGGAUGCUGUGAGGUUGAGGAAUUCCUCCCUGUCCGUCCGUCUGUCAGGUGGAUAAGCUAGCACUGGCGCACUGAGAAAGAGUUUCUUUUCCUCCAUGGUGAGAUUACUCUCCUUUUGCAAUACUUUUCUCUCUUUAUGGUGCAUGAGGUGUGUGUAUAGCCUUAAAAGCAAAUGUGUAAGGUUUUUCUGAUGUUCACAUCCACAGAGUAAUUUUUACCUUACCGGUCAAAUUUCAGUCCUGGUUUAACUCCAUGCGUUUUGACCUACUUGGGCCUUUUGAGAACUAUUCUUAAAUACAGAUCAUACUUGGUUUCCUAACCCUUAAGGCUCUUACAGAAGUAGCAGUUCCUUUGUAAGGACCUGAGUGAAUGCUUUGCCUCGGUUUCUCCUUACUUUCUGGUGGUUGGGCUUUGAUAUUUAAGGGAGAAUAGGGUAUUAAGGUGAUAGAGUAACCAGAAUAAGGGCAUCGAAAGGAAAUGGCUUUCCUCCUCAGCAGAAAAACAAGUGCCCUUGCAACAAAUAGAUUUCCCCUAGUAUUGGAUUCUUUGUCUGCCACUGGAUUAAGCAACGCACCCAGUACCCCAGACCUUGGCACCCUUGCCAUGAUCGAGACCCUUCAGUCUCACUUCUACCCCACUCGGUUUCAUUUAAAGCAGUCCAAAAGAGAGCCUUCCCUAAAGCUAAGGGCAAUGUUGAGGAGAAACGUCUGUUAGCUGAAGAAAAAUUAGAUUUAAAUGGAGCAGAAAAAGUGACAUUUCCUUCUGUUUCACUGCCUUGCUGCUAAAAGUCUGGUGCAGAAGAUCCUGAUGUUCUGCUGAUCUAUGUGCUGCUCCUCGGAUGUGGACAGGCUGCUAAGUAGGCAGGUUGGUUCUGUAGCAAAUGGCUUGCUGUAAGCCUAAACUCACUUUAUUCCUCCCCUCCCUGGUGGUCUUAAAGUGAGGGGAACCAGAGUAUUGUUGUUUGUAAGAUCUUUUUAAUGGAUUAAAAAAAAAAAAAAAAGUAUUCAAAUGUACCAAUAUGGAAUGGUUUUAAAAUACAAAAAUCUUAGAAGACAGUAGGUUGUCUUGGUUUCUGGACGUGCUGUUUGUACCACGAUGAGACUGGCCUUGUCCAGCCUGCCAACCUCUGUGUAGCUGAGAAGUGCGUUCAAGAGUCUGUAGCUAUCCAAAGAACUGUUAUCCAAAGGACUAUUAACAGCUGUUUUAAGAUGAAUCAAAAGAUAUGUGUGCAACGGAUGGUAAAGCUGGAAGUCCUGGUCAGAUUCUGCAAUGUUUGCUUUAAAGAAAAAAAAAAGGCAAAACAACCAAGAAUUGGAGUCUUCACCUGUUCUGUGCGAAUGCAUUCCCACCGAGUCCUCCAGGGAAGGCUGCAGUGAGACGAGGACCUGGAAUACCUCAGUGGUUUGACGGACGUGUGACUGGUUUUGCUACGGAGAUGGAGAGGCAAACCUUACCUCUCUCUCCUAGAUUUGGCACUUAAUUUAAGGAAUCGUGUGAUGGGGCGGGCCAAAGCCAUGCUUGCAUUUCAGUUCAUGGUUUUGCCUGUACAAGACACCUCCAACAGUUUUUUUUUUUGCUUUUUUUUUUUUUUUUACAGCCGAUAUCAAAAGUAUUUUUUGUGACUUGUUUUCAUUAUCAGUGCUUUUCGCAAAGCAGGUGCGUAUCCCAAAGGGGAAAGCUCCAGCUGGGGCAGUGGAUGUGAGGUUCAUCUUUACCAGCCACGUUGCAGCACUGCUCCUGCGAGAUGCUGAGCUGCGCGGGCAGACUGUGGCUCACGUGAGGGGGUCGGCUGCAUCUAUCCCGGUGGUGCUGAGACGGCGAAUACAAGCAUCCAAGGAGCAGGACCUGCAUUUUCGCAUCAAAUGGGAUACAGUGGUUAUGUUUUUGGUUUUUUUUUUUAAUAUGGAGCCAUACUUUUUUUUAAAGUAAUUGGAGAUCUGAAUGUGAUUUCUAAUGUAUCAAGAACGUUAAUAUUUUAAAGCUAUAACAAAGUUUUAAAUUUCUACUAUUUUUUUUCAUUUAUUUUAACUGUUCUGUUCUGUUACCUUAAUUUUGAUGUAUGUGGUUGGGGAGUGUUGCUUCUCCUCUUAGCAUUUGUUUCUAUAACCAGAAAUAAAAUUAUAUAUGAAA